AUGUCGCAAAAGGGGUUGGAGGUUGAUAAAGCAAAGAUUAAAGUAAUUGAGAAGUUACCACCACCAAUUUCGGUGAAGGGUGUUCAUAGUUUCUUGGGACAUGCCAGUUUUAACCGGAGGUUCAUCAAAGACUUCUCAAAGAUUGCACAUCCUCUAUGCAAACUCUUGGAGAAGGAGGUGAAAUUCCACUUUGAUGAUGCUUGCAUGAUAGCUUUCAAGUGCUUGAAAGAAAAAUUGGUCUCCACCCCGGUUAUCAUUCGUCCCGAUUGGUCAGAAUCCUUUGAAGUAAUAUGUGAUGCAAGCAGCACGACAUUAGUUACAGAACAAGAGUUACUUGCGGUAGUUUAUGCGUUUGAGAAGUUCUGGGCAUACUUGCUAGGUACUAAAGUAGUUGUUCACACUGAUCAUGCUGCACUGCGUUAUCUGAUGGCGAAGAAGGAUGCCAAGCCAAGAUUGAUAAGGUGGGUUCUACUAUUGCAAGAAUUCGACUUUGAAGUCAAAGAUAGGAAAGGUUGUGAAAAUCAGAACGAACUAGACUUCUACCAACAAAAGAGGUUCUUGUUCGAUGUUAAGAAGUACUUUUGGGAUGAACCAUAUUUAUUCAGAGAAUGUGCAGACCAUAUCAUUAGGAGAUGUGUUCCAGAAGAAGAAGCCAUCAAAAUUCUCCAUGCUUGUCAGGCUUCACCGGUUGGGGGUCAUCAUGGUGGUAAACAAGGUGGAGUGUCCAAAAUACACGAGCUACCUUUUACGCCCAUUUUAGAAGUUGACCUAUUUGAUGUUUGGGGAAUAGAUUUCAUGGGACCAUUUGUGAGUUCGUUUGGUAAUAAGUAUAUCUUGGUGGCCGUAGAUUAUGUUUGUAAAUGGGUGGAAGCUGUUGCACUUCCAAACAAUGAAGGUAAAAGUGUUGUUCAAUUCCUGAAAUGCUACAUCUUUGCUAGAUUUGGUACUCCUCGGGCUAUUAUUAGUGAUAGGGGAUCCCACUUUUGCAACAAGUGGUUCUCGGCCGCAUUGAGUAAGUAUGGAGUGAAACACAAAGUAGCAACUCUGUAUCAUCCCCAAAUGAGCGACCAAGUUGAAGUGUCAAAUUGGGAGAUCAAAAGCAUAUUCGCCUAG